UUUCUCCUUGUUUGGGAGAGAGAGAGAGAGACAGAAGAGAGAGAUUGUUGAAGUCAAGGAGACUAGCAAAAGCCCAUUAUCUCUAUCUCAUAUCCGUGCAGUACCAGAAUCUUUCGCUGUUGGCUGCUAUUCUCUAUCCUUUCUUUGCGUUCGUUUCGACUCCAGCCGCCUCUGAGCAGUGAGUUUCGGUCCAAUUCCGAGAUUACACUAGAAGUGCCCUGGAGUGGUAGCAAGAAAUGGAUUAAGAAGCUAUAUUACUGGGCUUGUCAUUCCAAUUUUUUUGGCAGCAAAUAGUAAGUUUAUAGUCAGGGUUGAGUAUCUGACAGUGGUUGGCACUCUCAAAGCAUCAACAAUGAUGAACAUGCACCCUGCUUUAUCUGUUCAGAGAUCAGGUGCAAAGCAGCUCAGUAGCUUGGGGGCGUCUGGAUCUAUGUCUUCAUCUUUUCCAGUUCUCCCCCCCCUUGUUGAAGACAAGUAUACCAUUUAUCCAGCAGAUUCUUUUCAGGUUACCUCAGAAAGGGAACCGAUGACUAAUUCCAUUCCCGCACGGGCUCCUGCAUUAGUUUCGAACAGCAGUAUUGAUGGGCACUUAUUUACUUUCCCUCCUGGAUUUUCCAAUGAUGUUCAUUUUUCUCCAGUUUCACCACAUGGACGGAAUUCCCAAAAUUCUCCAUUCAUUUCCCAGUCGUCAGCUGAGGGAGCAUUGAUUAAUCACCAUGGUGGAAAUCAGGAUAUUUCCUGGCCUACAGAUUCACUUGAGGAUUUCCUCAAUUUUCCUCAAAAUGCCCCUGUUCAGAAUGGUCAGGUGGAAAGCGGUACUGGUGUCAUAACAUCUGAGGACCACGCUAGGAGAAAUGAUUGGCAGUGGGUUGAUGGAUUAAUCUCUGAGAUGGAUCCAGAUUGGAAUGAGCUUCCCAAUGUUAAUGUAGCAGAUCCUGAGCCAAAGCAACUGCAGAUCCAUCAGCAGCAGCCUGUACCAUCUGGAGAAUUUCAUGGUGUCACUAAUACAUUGUCCAAUCCACCCCCUGCAAAGUCACGGAUGCGUUGGACACCCGAACUGCAUGAGGCCUUCGUGGAAGCUGUCAAUCAGCUUGGUGGUAGUGAACGAGCUACUCCAAAGGGUGUCAAAAAUCUCAUGAAUGUUGAAAGCCUGACCAUCUAUCACGUGAAAAGCCACCUGCAGAAAUAUAGAACAGCCAGAGACAAACCAGAGUCAUCAGAAGGAACUUCUGAGAAAAAAUCAACUCCUAUUGAAGAAGUGAAAUCUGUAGACCUAAAAGCGAGUAUGGGAAUCACUGAAGCAUUGCGGUUGCAGAUGGAACUUCAGAAGCGGCUUCAUGAACAACUGGAGAUUCAAAGAAAGUUGCAAUUGCAAAUUGAAGAACAAGGGCAGUAUCUUCAGGUUAUGUUUGAGCAACAGAGAAAGAUGGAAGAUGACAGGAUGAAGGCCGCCGCAUCUAACCCAGAUGAUCCUUCUGCUCCACCAUCAAAUGUGGUGCUUCCAUCCCCUGCUGAUGACAAAUCAGUAACCUCGAAACCGGCUCAAGAUAAGACCAGACCUGGAACUAGUAAUGCCAACACCAUAGCUGGAGACGGUUCCUGGGACAUGAUUAUGCAACAGAAGGCACAUGAAGCCAGAAGCACUGAGGAUCGGGGACCAGGUGACAGUGUCUCUAAUGCUCCACCGACAAAACGAGCAAGAGCAGACCAAACUGCAACAUCAUCAACUAAAUCUGCAACUGAUUGAAAUCUUAUUUUAUACCAUGGCAUUUUGCUUCCCCACUGGAUGACAGGGUAGGCCUUGAUAGAGGGUUUAUAUGUGCAGUAGGAUGAAAUAUGCCAUUAGAAACCAGGAGAUAUUUUUGGAGCUUAAGGCAUUAUUCUAGAUGUAAAUCACAUGUUUUCUUCAUUUAGGUGGAGUUUUGAUGAUCUAGCCUUCUGGAAUCCUGUUUUAUAUCCUUGGUUAGGGGCUAAAGGCGUUGGAAAAUGGCACUUCCAAAAGAUGGAUUAGCUGUAUAUAUAUUUAUCCCCCCCCCAAAAAAAAAUUGUAUAUAUGCCUGUGGGUUGGUCA